AUGUCUCUUCAGCUUCCCAGCGGUCCCAGGAGAGCCUGUCCCCGUUCGACCACAGGAUCGCUCAGGCUCUCCACGGGGGCAGCCAGCUUUGGGGCUGGCAAUGCUUGUAGCAUGCCUGGAAUUGGAAGCAGCUUCUCAUGUGCUUUCGGGGGCAGCUCAUCAGGAGGAGUUGCAGGAGGAAGCAGUCCCUGUGCUAGCUUUACUGUGAAUGAGGGGGGCCUCCUAUCCGGCAAUGAGAAGGUGACCAUGCAGAACCUCAACGACCGCCUGGCCUCCUACCUGGAGAAUGUACGAGCUCUGGAGGAGGCCAACUCAGACCUAGAGCAGAAGAUCAAGGGCUGGUAUGAGAAAUACGGGCCUGGUUCUUGCCGAGGUCUUGAUCACGACUAUAGUAGAUAUUUCCCAGUAAUCGAUGAUCUUAAAAAUCAGAUCAUCAUUUCCACCACCAGCAAUGCUAAUGCUGUUCUACAGAUCGAUAAUGCCAGGCUGACAGCUGAUGAUUUCAGGCUCAAGUAUGAAAAUGAGCUGGCCCUUCACCAGAGUGUAGAGAGUGACGUCAACGGGCUGCGCAGAGUUCUGGAUGAAAUAACAUUGUGCAGAACGGACCUGGAGAUUCAGUAUGAAACCCUCAGCGAGGAGAUGACUUACCUCAAAAAGAAUCACAAGGAGGAAAUGCAAGUUCUGCAGUGCGCGGCCGGAGGCAACGUGAACGUGGAGAUGAACGCGGCGCCCGGGGUGGACCUCACGGUUCUGCUGAACAACAUGCGCGCUGAGUACGAAGACCUGGCUGAGCAGAACCGCAGGGACGCGGAGGCCUGGUUCAACGAAAAGAGCGCUUCACUACAGCAGCAGAUCUCCGAGGAUGUUGGAGCCACAACCUCAGCCCGGAAUGAGCUGACUGAGAUGAAGCGCAACCUCCAAACCCUGGAAAUUGAACUUCAGUCUCUCUUAGCCACGAAACACUCCCUGGAGUGCUCCCUGAGUGAGACCGAAGGCAAUUACUGCGCGCAGCUCGCCCAGAUCCAGGCUCAGGUCGGCGCCCUGGAGGAGCAGCUGCACCAGGUCAGAACCGAGACCGAGGGCCAGAAGCUCGAGUACGAGCAGCUCCUCGACAUUAAGGUGCACCUGGAGAAAGAGAUUGACACCUACUGCCUCCUCAUCGGUGGAGAUGAUGGCGCUUGCAAGUCUGGAGGUUACAAGUCUAAAGAUUAUGGAUCUGGAAGUGUGGGAAAUCAAGUCAAAGAUCUGGCCAAAGCCAUAGUGGUUAAGAAAGUUCUUGAGGAAGUAGACCAACGCAGCAAAAUACUUACCACCAGGCUCCACUCCCUGGAAGAGAAAUCUCAAAGCAAUUAAUUUGAGACACAAGAAAGAGAAUAUGCUAAAUACUCAACAAGAAGAGAAAGCAUUAUAUAUCUAUCUAGGAAAAUGAGCAAGUCUAAGAAAAAUGUCUGUCCUAUUGUCUUUCUGUUACUGAAGUAUAAUCUCUAUCUGGGCAAUCAGUGAUGGAAUCUUUCCAUUCAUCUGGAAGAAUGGCACAUACAAAUGUGAUGACCCAUUUGAUUACCCUACAGAAAAUGUUGUCAAUUCUUCAUAUUCAAUAAACCUCUUCCUUU